AGCUGGAAUCCGCGGAAAUCAUCCACAGGACUAUUUUCCUUUACUUAGCUAGCUAUCCAUCUGUCAACUACUAUCUCUCUUUUCCUUCGUGUUGCGGUCAAAACGCCACACUGGCGAUGUCGGAGUCAUACGAUUUCCUGUUUAAAUUCCUGGUGAUUGGGAAUGCUGGAACCGGCAAGUCCUGUCUGCUGCACCAGUUCAUAGAGAAGAGAUUUAAGGAUGAAUCCAACCACACAAUUGGAGUCGAGUUUGGCUCUAAGAUUAUUAGUGUGGUCAACAAAAUGGUCAAACUGCAGAUUUGGGACACUGCAGGACAAGAAAGGUUCAGGUCCGUGACCAGGAGUUACUACAGAGGAGCAGCAGGAGCUCUGCUAGUCUAUGAUAUCACCAGUCGAGAGACGUACAACGCCCUGACCACGUGGCUGAGCGAUGCCAGGAUGCUGGCCAGUCAGAACAUCGUCAUCAUCCUCUGUGGAAACAAGAAGGACCUGGAUGCAGACAGAGAGGUCACGUUCCUGGAGGCUUCACGGUUCGCUCAGGAGAACGAGCUGAUGUUCCUGGAGACCAGCGCUCUAACAGGGGAAAACGUUGAAGAGGCCUUUGUCCAGUGCGCUCGGAAAAUCCUUAACAAGAUAGAGUCAGGGGAGCUGGAUCCAGAGAGGAUGGGGUCAGGAAUCCAGUACGGCGACGCUGCGUUACGACAGCUUCGUUCUCCUCGUCGCGCUCAGCCUCAGGGCACCCAGGAGUGUGGCUGCUAGUGGACGCGCCCAGUAACACACUCAGAAAAGGCCAGUGUGUCUGUACUGUGUGUGCAUGAAAUUAGGUAUUUUCUUUCAGAUUUAUGAUAUUUAUCCAGAGCUUAUUAGCUGGUUGUGGUGACUUGACAUUCAGCUCACUGCUCUCAGCGCUGGGUGUUUCUGCUGCACACAGCCACUCCUCGCCUUCUGCUCACACCUAUGUGAUAAUGUCUCUUGUGUGUGUGAUCAGUUUGUUUCAGAUGGGUUUUUGAAGACCAGGAGAAGAACAGCCACAGGGGACCCAGGGUUCAGGUUGUUAUGCUGGUGAUUCAUCUCUGACCUUUGACCUUUUGCUUUGUUGUCAUGGCUGCACCUCCCAGCCACAUCCCCCUCAGUGGUAACAAGAGACCGCCCCCCAUCCAACAUACUGCUCUACUAUUGGACCAAUCUUUCCCCAACUCUCCAAUCAGGAAGUGAAUUACUGACUAUCUUUCAAUCUGCCCUCACACCUGCUUACCUCCAAAUCUAAGUUUAAGUUUUCUCCCUUAACACCAAUCCCAUCGACAUUCAAUCUGGAGUGCUUAAGGGGAAGUUUACAUUUUGGAAAGUUUAUUUUUUUUAGCAUUAGAGUUUAACAAACAAGAUAUAACGUGAUUGAGGACAGUGUGUAGGAUUUAAGGGGAUUAAUGGAAUACAAGGAAUAUAAUAUUAUUUUUAGGUGAAUUAACUUUCCAGUACAAACACUUAAACAGCCCCUAUGUCUUAAAACUUGUAAACAAAUCACUGAUGGCCAAAUCCAGGGUUAUUUCCGUGCUGCUGUUCAUACAGAAGAGUUAUUUUAUACCAAUUCGUAUAACCUUUAUCAUGCGCCACUGAACCACUUUUAUAUGAAUCAGUAGGGUCCUGCCUCAAAAGAUGUUAUUAUUUCUCAUAAUACAUCCAGGUUUUACAGUGGCACAGAUCCGACAAACCCAAUCCUUGGCUCUAAGGAGGUGUUUUACUUGAAAGUGGAAACUUAAAUUGUGUUGCGAGUAUGCACCUGAAGGCCUCUGUUGUCUCUUUUACAUACUAGUAAAAAUGGGGAGGAGUAGAGGUGAACAUUUCUCACCACAAUAUCGCACUAAAUCCUACACACUGCUCCCUUUAAGGGAAGUUCCUUUCUUUGUGCAUUCAAGUUAAACAAACAAUAAAUACCAUGUGCAUUGAUAUUUGAUGCAUAGACAUGAGUUAUGGGUUUUAUCAUCUAACUGUUGCCAAGAAAACCAUUGUAAACUAUUCCUUUAACAAUGUAUAUAUAUACAGUUGCAAGAAAAAGUAUGUGAACCCUUUGGAACUACCUGG